UAUCGUGGGCGCACUCGAUUCAUUAUAUUCCAAGUAAGCCGGCAAAAUAUGGCAUGAAAGUGUGGUGGAUUUGUGACUCUGUUUCAAACUACCCGUUGAAAGGUACAAUUUAUACCGGAAAACCACCAGGUGGCCAGCGAGAAACGAAUCAAGGUGAACGGGUCGUCAUGAAAUUGAUUGGAAAAUUAUAUGGACAGCGGUAGGACUGUUUAUGCUGACAAUUUUUUUCAACAUACAACUUGGCAGAAAUGUUGAUGGAUCGUAGAGUGGCUUUCGUCGGUACCGUAAGAAAAAAUAAGACCUUCAUUCCACAUGAAUUGCUUAACCCGAAGCGUGAUGUUUAAAGCACUUUAUUUUGUUAUCACAUUAAUAAUAUCGCUCUGUGCUCGUAUAUGGCAAAGCCGAAAAAGCCAGUAAUUAUGUUAUCCACUGCCCAUUACCGUCAAAGCACCGAUCCAUUGAAAGGAUUCAAGCCAGAUCAAAUUUUGGACUACAAUAAAUUUAAAGCGGGGUAGAUACAAUGGAUUAAAUGUUGACUGGCUAUUCGUGCAAACGCUCGACAAACCGUUGGUCACUGGCAAUGUUUUAUAAUAUGCUUGAUAUUGCCGGUUUGGCCCCAUUCAUCAUCUAUGACGAGCUGAAUCCGGCAAAGCAGAGUGAUAAGAGGCGCUAUUUUAUCAUUGAAUUGGCACGGCAGCUAGUUAUUCCACAUAUGACGAAACGGGCGACUAACCCAUUAGUAUGGAGGAUUGCUCAUAUAAGACAAGCAAUGAAUCUUUUCAAUAUCAAGGUACCGGAAUCUUGUCCAUCGACAUCAGAUGCAGCACAGCAACAAUCAUAUGCUCAAGAUGCUUCAACACGGUCAUCGUGCUACCAUUGUGCUGCUUCUUCUUCGAAAAAGCGACGUAAAACUCGUUAUAACUGCAGCAAAUGUAAUCGUCCCAUAUGUCUUAAUGAACAUUCCAUGCAACUAUAUAGUUGUAAACCCAAUUAAUACUAAUCCGUUCAAAUAAAUAAAUAAAAUUAUUUUUAAAACCGUAUUUCUUACAUUAUUUGUAUGGGUCUGGGCAGACCCUUAUGAUGCACUUACCGCAUCAUAAGGCACCGAACAUCGGAGGGUUAAUGCAUUGAAAACGAUGUGCAUAAAUUUUUGGGCAAAUUAAAGUUUAAAGCAAAAAUGCGAAGCGAUUUGAAAAUUUCAGGGAGGUCUUCCUCUAAGGCCCAGUUUUUCAGUGAUAGUUCAACUUUUUCUUUAAAUUCAGAACGUAAUAUUUCAAUAUACAUAUUUUAAACGGGGUUGAAGGAGGUUAAAAAGUUUACUUCAGCUGUUGAAAUAUUAUUACUUAAGAUUUAAUUUGCGUUGGACGGACGGAAAUUUAGUCUUAACAAAUAGAAGUACCAAGUAAAUAUUAAAUCCAAAUAAAUAGGUUUUUUAUUUUACUAAUUUUAAGCAAAUAUAUUUGCAAAAAAACACUCAAAAUCGAAUUUUGAUGGCUUGGCUAGUAUGCAUACGUUAUUCGGUUUUGCUUUAUUUUCGUUAUUCGCUAAUUUUGAUAAUUAAUUUGACAGUGAUGCCACUCUCUAUCAAUUUGAAUAAAUAGUGGAAGUCAGCUGUUUAGUGUUAGUGCCCAUUUACACACGGAAACAUUUGAAAGUGAAGCAUUUUGUUCGAGGAGAAGGACGGCCGCGGAAGAAAGAAGGGAAUUCGUCUCCCGUACUGGCGACACGCUUUGUACUUCUUAUUCGUAUUUCCAUUAUUAAAGCAAUUUUUUACAGUUGCUUCAUUUGUUUUCUUCUUUUGUGGUAGAAAGUUCUGAGUUAAGUGUUGGGUUUCAAUCAAACGGAAGAUAUCAACGAUCACAAACAUCCGAACGCUGCUUGGAAAAUGCAGAAUUAUUUUUGCUAGUAAAGUAGGUAUAAUUUAAAAAAGUUAUGGGACAUGUUUAUGUUAAAUUCUAAUUUUUCCUCCCAUUUCUAGAUACUCAAGCUAAUUUUAAGUUAAUUAUUUAUAUA